UGUCCGCCAUGUUUGCCAUGGCGCAGGGAGCGGAUCGAGCGAGCCCGGCGCGGAUCUAGGGCUGCGGGCGGCUCUUCGUGGGAGCUGUUCCGGGGCGUCGGGGCUCUCCAUGGUGUGUCGGGCCGGGUUCGGGAGCGGCUGGGAGGCGGCGGCGAGGCCGUAGUGAGGGUCCCCCUCGCCCCCCACCUCCCCAGCCCGGCCCCGGGGUGUUAUUGUGAGGGGGAGACAAUGAGCAAACUCUCCUUCCGAGCCCGGGCGCUAGACGCCGCCAAACCGCUGCCCAUCUACCGCGGCAAGGACAUGCCCGACCUCAAUGACUGCGUCUCCAUCAACCGGGCCGUGCCGCAGAUGCCCACGGGUAUGGAAAAGGAGGAGGAAUCGGAACACCAUUUGCAACGAGCUAUCUCAGCACAGCAAGUCUUUAGAGAAAAGAAAGAGAACAUGGUUAUUCCAGUUCCUGAAGCAGAAAGCAAUGUCAACUAUUACAGUCGCCUAUACAAAGGAGAAUUUAAACAACCAAAACAGUUCAUUCAUAUCCAACCCUUCAAUUUGGAUAAUGAGCAACCUGAUUAUGAUAUGGACUCAGAAGAUGAGACAUUAUUAAAUAGGCUCAAUCGGAAGAUGGAAAUCAAACCACUUCAGUUUGAAAUUAUGAUAGACAGACUUGAGAAAGCUAGUUCUAAUCAGCUUGUAACACUUCAGGAAGCUAAGUUGCUGCUAAAUGAGGAUGACUAUCUUAUUAAGGCUGUCUAUGACUACUGGGUAAGAAAACGUAAGAACUGCAGAGGGCCGUCCCUCAUCCCCCAGAUCAAACAAGAAAAAAGGGAUGGCUCCACCAACAAUGAUCCCUAUGUGGCUUUUCGGAGGAGAACUGAGAAAAUGCAGACCAGAAAGAAUCGGAAGAAUGAUGAAGCCUCUUAUGAGAAGAUGCUGAAAUUAAGAAGGGAAUUCAGUAGAGCCAUAACGAUUUUAGAGAUGAUUAAGAGAAGAGAGAAAACAAAAAGAGAGUUGUUGCAUUUGACAUUGGAAGUUGUGGAAAAAAGAUACCAUUUGGGUGAUUACGGAGGUGAAAUACUCAAUGAAGUCAAGCUUAAUACAACUGAAAAGGAGAUGAAUACCACUCCAGCAGCUCUCCAUAAUGGAAAUCACCACAAAGUUCAAGAAUGUAAAGUUAAGCAUGCUCACCAUUCAUCUCUAAAAGAAGAAGUUUCUGAUGUUGUCCGUCAGAAGAAGAAAUAUCCAAAGAAGCCUAAAACUGAGAGUGUCAUAAAUCCUCAGCAGGCUACUACUGAGCCUUUGCCUGUGAUCAGUAAAAGUGAUAUUAAACAGUAUGAUUUCCACAGUUCAGAUGAAGAUGAAUUCCCACAGGUACCCUCACCCGUGUCAGAACCAGAGGAAGAAAAUGAUCCUGAUGGAGCAUCUGCAUUCAGGAGAAGAGCAGGAUGCCAGUAUUAUGCUGCUCGUUUGGACCAAACUAGUUAUUCACAUGAGAAUUCAGAACUAUCAGAAUUGGAUAAGCUAAGGUAUAGGCAUUGCCUUACAACACUUACUGUUCCAAGAAGAUGUAUAGGAUUUGCAAGAAGACGAGUUGGCAGGGGUGGCAGGGUGCUGAUGGACCGGAUAGCUACAGAACACGAUCCUGUCCUGAAACAGAUUGAUCUUGAUAUGCUAAACAGUUGUUCAAGCUCUUCCCAAACCAUAGACUUUUCUUCUAAUUUUUCACGGACCAAUGCUUCCAAUAAACAUUGUGAAAAUAGACUAUCCCUUUCUGAAAUACUAAGCAAUAUAAGAUCAUGUCGACUGCAGUGUUUCCAGCCGAGGCUACUAAACUUACAGAACAGUGAUAGUGAAGAAUGUACCUCAAGGAAACCAGGGCAGGCUGUGAAUAAUAAAAGAGCUUCUACACCGUCUGUAGCUUUAUUGAACACCAGCAAGAAUGGCAUAUCAGUAACAGGGGGGAUUACAGAAGAACAAUUUCAAACCCAUCAACAGCAAUUAGUUCAAAUGCAAAGGCAGCAACUUGCUCAGCUCCAGCAGAAACAGCAGUCUCAGCAUUCCUCCCAACAGACACAUCCAAAAGCACAGGGCUCAAGCACCUCUGACUGUAUGUCGAAAACGCUUGACUCGGCCAGCGCCCAUUUUGCUGCAUCUGCAGUGGUGAGUGCACCUGCUCCCAGUCGCACUGAAGUGACAAAGGAACAGAGCACCAGCCACAAUAUCAAUGGUGUUGUUCAGCCCUCAGCAACAUCAAAAACUUUGUACUCCACCAACAUGGCUCUAUCAUCUAGCCCAGGGAUCUCAACUGUACAGCUUGUAAGGACAGUCGGCCAUACCACCACAAACCACUUAAUCCCAGCAUUGUGCACAAACAGUCCUCAGACGCUUCCUAUGAACAAUUCUUGUCUCACUAACGCAGUGCACCUCAACAAUGUCAGUGUUGUAUCUCCAGUCAAUGUACAUAUCAAUACAAGGACUUCAGCACCAUCGCCAACAGCCUUAAAACUUGCCACGGUUGCUGCCAGUAUGGACAGAGUGCCAAAGGUGACUCCUAGCAGUGCCAUCAGCAGCAUAGCAAGAGAGAACCAUGAACCAGAAAGAUUGGGUUUAAAUGGAAUAGCAGAGACAACAGUAGCAAUGGAAGUGACAUAACCUCAAAGCAGUGGUUCGACCUGUGCUGAUGGUGUAGUCAUUUAUAUUCCAACUGAAUGCAAAACAGCACUCUGUGGAUCACAGGGAAUUAAAAUGGACCUAAAAUGGACUAUCAUAUCGUAUAAAGUCGAUAUAAUGUACAUUUUGUAAAAUUGGGAAAAUCACUACCUUGUAAAAUAGUUUAUUUGUAUCAUCAAUAUUAUUUCUGUUACUUGAAUAGUAGAUAUUCAUCA